AUGGCAGCAAACAACCACACAGCUGUCACCGAGUUUAUCCUGCAGGGUUUCUCUGAAGACCCUCAGCUCCAGGCCUUCUUUUGGGCCUUUUUCUUCCUUCUUUACCUAAUGGCUCUUGCAGGAAACAUUCUCAUUGUCACAGCCAUCAGCUUGAACCCAGGCCUUCAUACCCCAAUGUACUUUUUUCUCACCAACUUGGCCCUUUUAGACAUUGUCUGCACAUCUACUGUUCUCCCCAAACUGUUGGAGGGUCUGGCGGUCAAAGGUAGCACCAUCUCCUACCAGGGCUGUAUGACUCAGCUCUUCUUCCUGACAUGGUGUCUGGGGGCUGAACUGCUGCUGCUCACAGUCAUGGCCUAUGACCGCUAUGUGGCCAUUUGUCGGCCAUUGCACUACAGCACGUGGAUGAGCUGGCCUCUGUGCAUCCUGCUAGCGGGCAGCAUGUGGAUGAUCAGUGGCGUGAACACAUCUGUUCAGACGGGGCUGAUGACACAGCUUAGUUUCUGUGGCCCGUGUGAAGUCAGUCACUUUCUAUGUGAAGUCCCCACUCUGCUGCUGUUGUCCUGUAGCCCAACAACUCUGAACAACAUCAUGAUAGUCAUUGCAGACAUUUAUUUUGGAGUGGUCAACUUCCUCCUGACCAUGGCAUCCUAUGGCUGCAUCAUCACCAGCAUCCUGCGCAUUCGCUCAGCAGAGGGCAAGCGACGGGCCUUCUCCACCUGCUCUUCCCACCUGCUGGUGGUCUGCAUGUACUACUCCACGGUCAUCUAUACCUACAUCCUCCCAGGCUCGGGCUCCUCCUUGGAAAAUGGCAAAGUGGUGGCAGUGCUAUACACGGCAAUCAGCCCCACCCUGAACCCCCUCAUCUACUCUCUGCGGAACAAAGACGUCAAAGUAGCCCUCAGAAAAGUGUUUCUGUGUGUUUGGUAA